UCAUACAUAUACCCGGUCAACACAGGCGGCAUCUCAGACUCACCGGGCCGAGCUGAUAAGUUUAGUUUUGUUAAAAUAGACCAGAUAAGAAAAAGGGGGAGAAAUAAACUUAUUUAAGAACUUAGGGAGCUGUCAGAAGUGGUUGAAGAGAGGCAUCUGAAGGCAUUUACUAGGUCUCCCUUUUAAGCUACACCGUACUUGGCGAAGCUAUAUUUAUUUAUUUAUAGUUUUUUAUCGUUCAUUUUAUUUAAAAGUCGAAUUCUGAGGAAAACCGUGGGAAAAGGGCGAAAUUUCAACCGAGUCAACGUACGUCGAGACGACAUCGAACAUUUGACAAGACGUGAUGGGGGACGGAAAGCAACUGACCUUGCCGCUGAUGCUGACUGUCGGGACGGCUGUGAUCGGCUCCCUUCAGUUCGGCUACAACACGGGUGUCAUCAAUGCCCCGCAAAAGAUCAUUGAGAACUUCCUCAAUGAGACAUGGUUUGAUCGAUAUAAGGAAAGCAUCUCAAAAACAACCUUGACUACCCUGUGGUCUCUGUCUGUGGCCAUCUUCUCUGUGGGUGGCAUCAUUGGAUCCUUCUCCGUCGGGCUGUUCGUCAACCGCUUUGGAAGGAGGAACUCCAUGCUCAUGGCCAAUGUCCUGGCUUUUGUCGCUGCAGCACUGAUGGGCUUCUCUAAGAUUGGGGCAUCCUGGGAGAUGCUCAUUAUUGGGCGGUUCGUGGUGGGCCUUUACUCCGGUCUGACCACUGGCUUUGUGCCCAUAUAUGUGGGUGAAGUGUCCCCCACAGCCCUCAGAGGAGCCCUGGGCACCCUUCAUCAGCUGGGAAUUGUUGUUGGCAUCCUAAUGGCUCAGAUCUUUGGUAUGGACGUAGUCAUGGGUAAUGCCACCAUGUGGCCGUUCCUCCUUGGCUUUACCUUUAUCCCAGCCCUGGCGCAGUGCUGUUUACUGCCCUUCUGCCCCGAAAGCCCACGAUUUCUCCUCAUCAUCCGCAACGAGGAAGACAAAGCCAGAGCAGUGCUUAAAAAGCUGCGUGGAACCACAGAUGUGAGCACAGACAUGCAGGAGAUGAAGGAGGAGAGCAGACAGAUGAAGAGAGAGAAGAAAGUGACCAUUCCUGAACUGUUCCGCUCUCCGCUCUACCGACAGCCCAUCGCUAUAGCCAUCAUGCUGCAGCUGUCCCAGCAGCUGUCUGGAAUCAAUGCUGUAUUCUACUACUCCACAAAGAUCUUCGAGAGGGCCGGUGUGCAGCAGCCGGUUUAUGCCACUGUUGGAGCAGGAGUCGUCAACACAGCUUUCACUGUUGUGUCGCUGUUUGUGGUAGAGCGAGCGGGCCGCAGGUCUCUGCACCUCUUGGGACUGAUGGGAAUGGCUGGAUCUGCUGUACUGAUGACCAUCGCUCUUGCCUUGCUGGAAAAGUAUGACUGGAUGUCCUACAUUAGCAUCAUAGCAAUCUUUGGAUUCGUGGCCUUCUUUGAGAUCGGACCGGGCCCCAUCCCAUGGUUCAUUGUGGCAGAACUGUUCAGUCAAGGCCCAAGACCCUCUGCUUUUGCUGUUGCUGGAUUCUCCAACUGGACAGCGAACUUUAUCGUGGGCAUGGGCUUCCAGUAUGUGGAGGAGCUCUGUGGGCCGUACGUGUUCAUCAUCUUCACCGUAUUUCUACUGUGCUUCUUCAUCUUCACCUACUUCAAAGUUCCAGAGACCAAGGGCCGGACGUUCGAUGAAAUCUCCGCAGGUUUCCGCCAGACAGCAUCAGGGGCUGAGAAGUACUCGCCCGAGGAGCUCAACAGCCUGGGGGCGGACUCUCAACUUUAAACCCCUCCUUCAGCCCCGCCUUCCUCACCGAUCACUGCUCUGCACGCAACUACUGAGGAGAAGGGGUCAGCAGGCUGUCAAUCAAACAUUUCCUCCUUGCCACGGCUGCACUCGUCUCUUAGUCCCUGAUACACCUUAGUUUGAAAGGCAGGGAGUGAGAGUAGGCAUCAUAUUCCUUUUAUCAGAAAGAUAAUCGUUUGAGGUGAUGUAUUUUGCGUUGGAAUCGCUUUAGCCUUGUCUAACUUGGUUUUAUGUUUUUCUAAACUGUUACUUUUGCUGUGCAAUGUGAGUAAAAAAUUGAUGGUCUUCCGGUCACUCCUGACCGAACCGUGACACUGUUGAUGUCACAAACCCAAAGGCCAAACAUAUGCAGAUUGACAAUUCAGUACUGUAUUCCAUAUAACUGUAUCUCCAAUAUAAAAGGUGUGUGGCCUUGACAAGUCGAAGUUAGAUUAGCUUAA